UCCAGUUCAUAUCUUUAUUGAAUUUAAAUUACAACUUUUUAUGUGAUUUUUCAUUGGAACGUGAAAGAAAGGAGUCAGAAAGUAGUAGCAUUUGGGAGUUGCGGAGGAGCAGUGGCUGAUCUGCAAAAUAGACGUCGUUUACCGCCAAAACAGGUGGAAUUUUGUCAACAAACAUAAUGUGGGGGUGGCGUCAAGCUUACUGUUAUCGACUUUCCCGAAUAGACUGUGCUUCUGACAGCGGUGGGUAAAAUUGAAGGCAAAAUGGAGACACUUUUCAAAUCUUACUGCUCCUUUGGUGCCAAAGAUGCAGCACCACUGAUGGACAAUGCAAAAUUUGCAAAAUUCGCCCGAGACACGAAGAUAUUGGACAAAAAACUCACUGCAACUGAUGUUGACAUCAUCUUCAGCAAAGUAAAGGCGAAGACUGAAAGAAAAAUAACAUAUAAGCAGUUCCAAGAUGCCCUGAAGCUCCUUGCAGAAAAAAAGUAUGGUGAACCAAAUGUUGAGAAGUUGGAAGAGGUUAUUCUAAAGACUAGCGGGCCUAAAGCAAGUGGAGUCACUAAAGCUGUAAAAGCUGGAGGUGUGGAUAGACUUACAGAUACUUCAAAGUACACUGGCAGUCACAAAGAAAGAUUUGACGAAUCUGGUAAAGGAAAAGGGCUGGAAGGUCGCAAAGAUUUUGAUGAAAAAGCUGCAUCUGGUUAUGUUGGCGGGUACAAGGGCAAAGACACAUAUGACGGAAAGCAUUAGCAGUUUAGAUUAUUGUUUUGCUAGCUUUUUGCAUCCAGAUUUCAUUUUUCUUUAAACUUUGUUUUUUCUUUCUGUCCUUCAUGUGACUUGAUUGAGGUAAUUUUAAAUUCAUAGAUUGCUAAUGCAACAAAACCAAGAUACAAAAAGUUGAUAUAUUGUUUAUUAUAUCUUUUUAUCUGUUUUAUCUUUCUUACUAUUUACUUUUUUUACCCAGUAGUAAUUCUAUAAUGAUUGACUUCUUUUUAUUUCAUGUUACAUUAAGCACAUUGUAAUUUUGAUCUGUAAGUUGUAUUUUUGAAAAGUUUAUUUGCCAAUGUUAUCAUGCAAUUUUGUAAA